ACAAUCAAUCAGCCCGCAAACAUCGCAACAUUUUUCACUUUAUAGGUUAGAGUUAGAGCUUGCAAUAUAGAUUACUAUUGUCAAAAGUCGCGGAAAAUUCGGAAUAAAUGUAUUCUUUUAACAAUACUAUAUUAAAAUGUCUUCAGCUCUUGUAAGACAAGCACUCGCAUUCGUUGAGGGAGAAGAAAGUGGACGGAAGAAGCGUCGAAACAAAUCAUCUCAACUUCAGGGGUCGAAAGUUCAAGAUUACAAUCAUCCAUACAAACGUAAAAGCAAGAAAACAUUUAAAGUAACACACAAAUCUGAAGAAGAAACCGCUGAAGAAAAUAUCAGAAAAUUAUUAGCCCUUUCUGAACCUGCUGCUAACAGUAGUAUUGCAGAAAAAAUUGUAGAGAGGGCAAUAAAAGGAAAACCACUAGCAGAGAAAAUUGAAAUCAAAACUGAGGAGAGCAAAUCCAUUUUGUUUCCCGAAGAGUCUUUCAAAAGUUUUGAGAAGGAAUAUUUUUGCAGCUAAAAAAUAAAUUUAUUCAGAUUUUAUGGAUAUGCAUAUAUGGACAUAUCUGAUGCGGUUUUGGGAAAAUUAAUCCUGGUGACAACGGUGACCAUCUUUGUAAUACUGGUAUUUUGGAUCAACACUUACCCGUUUAUUGACACAGAUUUAGCAAUAUAUAAAUACAUUCCGGAUCCACAGUGGGUUCUACUAUUCUGCGCUAUUUGGGGCUUCUUUUUCGUCGGUGGUCUAAUGUUGUUCACUCUCUACCACAUCUAUCCCUACCUGUAAUAAGCAAUUCACAGAGGACAGCACAUAAAGCUGUUACCAUGAUAGGAGACCAGUCUGACAAUUGGAUUAUUAUAGGGGUGUCGGGAGUAACCUGCGGAGGAAAAACAACUUUAGCAAACCAAUUGAAGAACACAUUAACUCCCGUAUAUGUGUUCCAUCAAGAUAAAUACUUCCAUCCGGAUGACAGUCCCCGUCAUGUGAAAUGUGCGGGGUUAGAACAUAACAACUACGACAUUCUCUCAGCAUUGGAUAUGGAAAGCAUGUACAAUGAUAUAGUAACCACUAUUGAUGGAGAAGACAGGUCACAUGGAUCUUUCAGAGAAAGAAGAGAAGGGAGGUUGGAGAUUGACGACAAGAGUUUUAUAAUUGUCGAAGGGUUUACAGUGUUAAAUUAUGCGCCCAUUAAUGAAAUUUGUGAUUUAAGAUAUUACUUUGUGUUGGAAUAUGAAGAAUGCUUGUUAAGACGAUCAUACAGGCUGUAUGAUCCUCCAGAUGUCGAAGGCUACUUUGACCAGUGUGUUUGGCCUGAACACCUAAAAUAUAAAGCGGAGAUCGAGCGAGAUGCGCGAGUCACAAUACUCGAUGGAACGCAGCAAGACUCACUGAGCAUUGUUGUACGGGACUUGCAAAAUCUGGGGGCCAAUUAUAUAUAGCUAUGUACGUAUGUAUAUAUGUGACAAUGGACUGACAUAUUAAAGGAGCUAAGGUGCUUACAUUUUACUUAUUUAAGUACUGUUAAAUUACAGAGCAGUUCUUAUGAAUAUUGAUAUAGGUACAAAGUGUACCUACAUAAAUGAAAAAUAAAUUCCUAUGGCAAUAAUAUCGACUUUUUUUCAAUACAUAUUACAAAUAAUACUUAUUGAAAGUCACUUUUAUGAUUAAUUUACCACUGAUUCGGAAAAUACCUCUGUCCUGGGAACAAACCAAAAAGAUACCAGUGGGACUUUGUUUUCAAAGAACAGUUUACAAUUAUUUAAUAUGUUACACAAUAAUUAACAACACAAAACAAAUUAGAAACAGCUGGGUAGCGAUUACCUCAUUCCCAGGGGUUGUUAUCAUCGAUAAAUUACUUAAAAUUAUAAUAACCCUUUUUAUACAACCUUUGUUUAAUAUAGUUAAAUUCAAAUCGUAAAAGUUAAUGUGGUUUGUUUUAAAGAAAGUUUUCUUUAAUGCAUUAUUUAUUUAUUUACUUAUCUUCACGCACAAUCCCUGACGGGGUAGCCAGAGAGAACAGAUCGCCAAGUGUCACGAUCCUUACAUACCUCUUUCGCUUCUUUCAGAUUCAUUAUCUUCUUCAUACAUGCACGUCUAGGUAUCCGAGUACUCUUGACCCUCCCCUCUUCGAGCAAUUUGCUCACAUGGUCUUCAAAGGUUAGUCUCGGUCUACCUCGACACCUUUUAAUAUUAACUUUCGCGCUAUAUAUUUUCUUUACCAUUCGGUCUUCACUCAUUCGCUCAACGUGCCCAAACCAUCGAAGCACGCCCUUAUCAAUUUUUGUGAUAAGGUCAUCUUUCAAACCUGCCAUAUUGCGAAUGUCUUCGUUUCGCUUUCGGUCGGCCAUGAUAACGCCGCACAUUUUACGAAGAGAUCGCAUCUCCACUGCAUUCAACUUGCUUUUAUGCUUCUUCUGGCAUACCUCUCUGGCUUUAAUGCAUUGAUGUCUAUUAUAGUUGUAUUCAUUUUUAUGUAAAGAUAUUCAUUCAUGAUUGCAUCAAUGGGGUGAUAUGUAGAUUAGCAACUUAGUUUUUUUUUAAAAUUAUUUUUGGUUGUUAUCAGGAAAAUGUUGAUUAAUUUCCAUGUGUUGUCUCUUACGAUACUUAAGGAAUGAUAUUCAUUUUAUUUAUAGAAUCGUGUUAUAUAGGGGAUUCUCUUUUUCUACCGACUUCAAAAAGGAGGAGGUACUUAAUUCGAAACUUUGUUCUAGGUGAACCGAUUUCGAUGAUUCUUUUUUUAUUAUUUGAAAGCUGGUGCUUCUCAUGUGGUCUCAUAUAAAUUGAUCAAGGUCUGAUCAGUAGUUUUUGAGUUAUCCUUAAUAAUUUAUAUUGAAGUCUGUUGUACAUUUUUUCUUUAAUUUUACCACUUGUUUUCCUUGUUAUAAAUCAGUUUUUGAACACAAUCUCUUUCUCAUUAGUAGAGUAUAGAUCUAUUCACGUCGAACAUAAAGAUAUAGCAGAAAAUAAUGUAUAGUUGUGGUCUGAUUUACCAGCGGAUGUGAACAAAUUUUCUAACCUCUAAGGAAAGUUCAUACCUUAUUUAAAAAAUUAUGUUAAAAUAUAUAUAUACUAGCUGUUCCUCGCGACUUCGCUCGCGUGUAAUUUAGGGUUUUAAUUUUGUUGCGCAGAAUCCUAAUCAUUUUUCAAAAAUAUAAUUAGCCUAAGUUACUCCUCGUAACGUGAGCUAUCUACCAGUGAAUGUCCCGUCAAAAUCGGUCCAGCCCUUUCGGAGAUUAGCCAGAACAAACAGACAGACAGACAGACAAACAUUUUAAAAAUUGUGUUUUUGGUAUAGGUACUGUAUAUACUUUUAUAUGCAAUUAGUAAAAUUACAAACACACACUUCAAUUUUAUUUAUUUGUAUGGAUAUAUAACAACAUAAUAAAAGUUACAAUUAUUUAUCAUAUUGUAACCUAGCAUAUAUUGUGACAGAAAGUACAGACUGUAACACUUGUGUAACAUUUUUAUAAAGGAAUGGAUUAGAAUAGAAUAGAAUGGAAUCAUUUUUAAACAACUUCAAAAAGGAGAAGGUUCACAAUUCGAGUGUGUGUGUGUUUUUUGUAUGUAUGUAUGUAUCUUCGCAGAUUGUGAUCCAAUUUUAAUGAUUAUUUUUUUAUCAAAUAGGUUCCAAAUAUAAAUUUUGAGAAAAAAGUAACUUUUUGUUAAAAGUUAUAAUUAUAUUUAAUAUAGAAGGUAGAUUACGAGACUAGUUAUUGAAAGCUUUACCACAGUUCGGAAUAAAACCUUUGUCCUGGAAAUAACCAGUAAGGUUCCCAGCAGGACUCUUUAAAAUUAUAAUAAUAUGUUGUACAAUUAAAUAAUAUGAAAACGUUUAGAAACAGCAUGGUGGCGAUCAUCUCAUUCCCAGGGGUUAUUAUAAAGUCAUGUACUAUUUCGUAGUAUAAUGACCCAUAUUUAACAAUUAAUGCUAAAUAAAAAAAAAUGACACAGAUAAGUUCUGCUUAUUUCUGGGUUUUUAUUGUAAAAGCGAAGGAAUUACUGACUCUUUGAAGUUGAGUAACUUCAGAGUGUGCUCGUUUUUAAGUAGUUUAAUUGAUAAUCUCGCAUGCUGGUCCAAUGCAGGAUAGCGGACUACAUUAGUGUACUAAAAAUGACACAGACAUCUUGUAGCAUAUAGUAAAUACGAGUACGACAUUGACAAGUUUGUUAGGCCAAAAAUCACAUUCAAUACAUUUUAUAUACAAUGAGGGUGACAAAUGAGCACACAGGACUACCUGAUACAUUUAUCUUUGAUAAAGAAUCAAUAUACAGAUGCGUUGUCGGCCUUGAGGACUAAGAUCAUGAAGCAAAUACAAAGAGGAGACGUUGUAAUUAAAUUUCACUAUGUAACAACGCGUGACAAUUUGCGGGGUGAGGGGAUGCAAAGCCCCGCCCACUACACUAUCUACAUCUACCGAUAAAUAGUAAAACUACUCGAAUAUUUUCAUAUCGAUGUUGCAAUGUAGCUUAGCUAUCUUGACGGUAGAUGGCGGCAUGUCCACAAAAUGUUAUUAACUAUAAAAAUAAUAUUUGGCAAAUUUCUUUAUGUCUGAAUGCAAAACAAAUUUCAGCAUCUUCGUAUGAUUAUUUUACCAAUACUGAGCCCUACGGACCUUUAUAUUUUUAGUUCACAUGACACAGUGUCGCCAUCUAGUGUCGAAUAUAUUUAAUUAUAUUUGAAAGCCGACGCAAAGAGAUUUUUCUAGAACUAUUUUAAUAAAUUAGGUGUAAAAUUAUUUACAAAUGAAAUGUGAUGCCAUCCAUAACAUUAGAGCGUCUAUCUGAGUAGUUUUUACACAAUAAAACACAAUACUUCAUCCUUUUCUUCUUAAUACUACGAAAAUACACCGAUUUGCGAUUUUUUCAACACAUAGCGCACAGGACGAAUGCUGACAGUAUACUAACUAAAGCCACGCUCACUAUGAUGACGUUAGGACCUACUUAGAAUCACAGUGCACAGUUGCUUAUGCCAUCUCCCCUUUGUAUUAGCUUCAUGACUAAGAUGGUACGCCUCAGUGGAAAGAGUAUCCGGUUCUCUGUAUGAGGUGAGUGUAGAGAACCGGAGACCCUUUUUACUAGAAACGAGGCAUUCUAUCUUAGGCCUCAGGGAUGACAACGCAUGUGCAUUUUGAUUCGCAAACGAGGAUAGAUGAAGAUGUAUGUGAGCCACAGCUGCAACCUCUUAAUAUCAGGUGGACUACGUGCUAGCUUGUUAUCCUUAAGCCGCGUAUCAAUUACGCGCUUCUGGCGCGCGCCAUGAAUGACCGCACCAACAAGUGCUCUCCAAAUGUUUCAAAAGUGCAUCAACUAAGCGGCAGCUGUUGCAGUGUUUGGCCGUCAACAUGGACGUCGGUCGUGUACGAGCAGCUGCCGCUUUCAUAGUUCUUCAUUAUGAUAAAAAUUACUUUAGCUAUUCCACAGCAGUUCUUUUGCACCAUACAAUUUUAUCAAUUUAUGGCUACUAUGGUUAUCCAUAGCUCGAAAUGCAACGUACACACGAAUAAUGAAAACAACCGAGCUAACUGGCGCGCGCUAGAACUUAAACUACUUUGCUGCGCGGUGAAGAACCGGCACCGGAUAGAGCGGUGCGCUCCACGUGUGAGCGUUCCGACGAACACUGGCGCGCGUUCCAAGGCGCGUUCCUAUGUAACGCGGCUGGAACGCACUCGAAUGUUCCUUCCAUCUCUUGGAGCGCGUAAUCCAUAUUUAUAUUAUAAAAAAGGUGUCUGUGAAUUUUAAUAGCUAUUUAUCAUUAGAGUGACUAAGAUCAUUUGUCACUUCAGUUUUUCCAUUUUUUUGCAAUAAAAUUUUUUUUAAUAAAUACAUUGAUGUAUUUAUUGAGGUUUGUUAACUUUCUGUGUAUGACAGUGGAAUAAUUUUUUGUUUAUGAUAUUAUUGUAUUACGUAAUUUUUUAAUUUUCAUUUGUUGUUAUUUUAGCUACAAGUAAGUUUGUGAAAAGCUGCCUUAAUAAUGAUAGUACAAUUUAUCUAAAAUUGAUCAAUAAUAUAGUAAUGUUUAUAUAAUUUAAUAUUUAAUUAAAACUUUAAAUAGCGGUAUUAAUGACAAAUGGAAUUAGAAUUGCUGUUUGAACUUUUAGUGCAAGUGUUAAUAAAUAAAUGAAUAAAUAAAAUAAUUAAAUAAUAUAAUUUA